AUGGCCACUCCUCCAGCAGUGGAAGACCAGGCCCGACUGUUGGAAGAUGCCCUGACGGUAGUAAGGCAGCAGACGCAUCUGAUGCGCAAAUGCUUGGAGACACCGGGAAAGCUUAUGGAUGCUUUGAAAUGCAGUUCAACCUUGGUAUCGGAGCUUCGAACAAGCAGUCUAGGACCCAAGCAAUACUAUGAAUUGUACAUGGCAGUAUUCGAUGCUCUACGACACCUGUCCGCCUACCUCAAAGACUCACAUCCUGUCAAUCAUCUCGCCGACUUAUAUGAGCUUGUCCAAUAUGCAGGCAACAUCAUACCUCGAUUAUACCUAAUGAUCACGGUGGGCACUGUAUACAUGUCGAUUGAGGAUGCGCCAGUCAAGGAGAUCAUGAAGGAUAUGAUGGAAAUGAGCAGAGGCGUUCAACACCCGAUACGAGGUCUAUUUUUGCGAUACUAUCUUUCGGGACAAGCUCGAGACAACUUGCCAACAGGAAAUGGCGAUGGGCCGGAGGGGAAUCUGCAGGACUCGAUCAGCUUCAUCUUGACCAAUUUCGUAGAGAUGAAUAAGCUAUGGGUGCGAUUACAACAUCAAGGUCAUUCGCGGGAAAGAGACUUGAGAACACAAGAACGAAAAGAACUCCAGUUACUCGUGGGCAACAACCUUGUUCGAUUGAGCCAGCUGGUGGACCUAGACACAUACAAGAACGUCAUAUUACAGCCUUUGUUAGAACAGGUUGUACAAUGUCGGGAUGUACUGGCUCAAGAGUAUCUAUUAGAAGUCAUAACCCAGGUCUUUCCGGAUGAAUUUCAUCUUCAUACCCUGGACCAAUUCCUUGCAGCCGUCUCUCGCCUCAACCCGCAUGUCAACGUUAAGGUUAUCGUCAUUGCUCUGAUGGACCGGCUAUCAUCUUAUGCAGCACGGGAGUCAGAAGCUCUUCCAGUAGAGGAUCGCCAGAAGAUGGAAGAGGACGCGAUCACCAAGCUACUUGAGAAGGUACGGCUCGGUCAAGAAAAGAAGCCCGAAGAACCAGCGCCGGCGGAAAAUAAAGACGGUGAAUCUACUACGAUAGACGGGACAGCUGAGAGCUCAACCAAAGAGCCUGACGUUGAAUCAACACUCAGCACCGCGGAGACCCAAGUGGAAUCAGAGCCUGUCAAUGGAACAGAUGCCGUGGCCGAAAAGAAGAGCAGAGGUAUUCCAGAAAACAUCAGGCUCUAUGAGAUCUUCUUCGAGCAAGUUAUAAAUUUGGUCAAUGCCCAGCACCUCCAAAUACAAGAUACAACAGCGUUGUUGGUCUCAUUGGCCAACCUUGCACUCAAUAUUUAUCCCGACCGUCUGGACUACGUUGAUCAAGUCCUCGAAUAUGCAAGUCAAAAGGUCAAACAACAUGCAAACAGUGCAGACCUGCAUUCACAGGAGACGCAAACCAACCUACUUAACCUUCUCCUGGCUCCAAUGAAAUCUUACGUUUCCAUGUUUACGGCGCUUUCUCUACCAACUUAUAUUCCUUUACUCCAUUCCCAAACCUACCCCACACGAAGAGCUGUCGCUGGCGAAGUAGCCCGCAGUUUACAAAGGAAUCAAACCAAGAUCUCAACACUUUCCGCCCUCGAGGGUGUGCUUGAGAUUCUGAAGGUGCUCAUCAAAGAGGGCACACAACAACCUGCCGGCUACCCGGGAGUGCAACAAAGGAAGGCCGUCGAGACGGAUGAGACCAUAGAAGAGCAAGGAUGGCUGGCACGGAUUGUACAUCUGAUCCACAGUGACGAUAAUGAUACCCAGUUCAAACUCCUCCAGAUGACAAGGAAAGCAUACGCAGAGGGCAAUGAGCGGAUUAAAUUUACAACUCCAGCAUUAAUCACAUCGGCGAUGAAGUUGGCAAGAAGGUACAAGUCAAGGGAGCACUAUGAUGAUAACUGGGAGUCUCAAUCGUCAGCCCUUUACAAGUUCAUGCACUCGUCCCUCUCUCAGCUCUACACGCGCGUUCCUGGCUCUGCCGAGCUUUGUCUUCGUCUUUUCGUUGCCUGUGGGCAGAUUGCCGACCAAACCAAUGCCGAGGAAGUCAGCUACGAAUUCUUUGCGCAAGCAUUCACGAUUUAUGAAGAAGCUAUCAGUGAUUCACGCGCACAAUUCCAGGCCGUUUGUGUGAUUGCGGGAGCAUUACACGAGACGAGAAACUUCGGCAAGGAGAACUACGAUACAUUGAUCACAAAAUGUGCACUCCAUGGUAGUAAGCUGCUGAAGAAGCCAGAUCAAUGCCGGGCAGUCUAUCUGGCAAGCCAUCUGUGGUGGGCUGUGCCCAACGCUGCGAAGGGUGAGACCGAGGAGACGAAAGGGUUAUAUCGUGAUGGCAAGCGUGUCCUUGAAUGUCUACAACGUGCCCUUCGUGUUGCCGACGCUUGCAUGGAUACGGCUGUAUCAGUGGAACUAUUUGUUGAGAUCUUGAAUCGUUAUGUCUAUUACUUUGACCAGCAAAAUGAAGCUGUUACCACGAAAUAUCUCAAUGGUCUCAUUGAGCUCAUCCACUCAAAUCUGCAAACAAAUCAGGAAUCCGCGACGAUCGAGAUGCCAAAACGCCAUUUCCAACGAACGUUGGAAUACAUUGCAUCCAGGGAGUACGAGGGAGUAAUCACUUCGGCUGCGAAAUAA